GGAGAGAAGCAAAAGUUAUGUCUUUGAUCUCCGCAAAUCUUAUGCGAGGCACUUUUUUUGUAUGUUCAUCAUUCAAGUCUAAGCCAUGGUCUGGAAGGUUAAUCACCGCGGUGAAAUCGGUUUCGUGUACUUCUAAGCCGGUUAGAGGGUUAACCAACUAUAGUACCGGGGUCUAUUUCGUUAGCCAAACCGGUCCACCAGAAAUCAAGUUUCCCGGUGGAUCUCCUUCGGAGAAAGAGUUACCUUCAGGACCAAGUAGAGGACCAGAGUUGGCUCCAUUAGAAGUUCCGGAGCUUCCUAAUAUACCAGAGAUAAGUCCGUCGGAAACUCCACCGGAAGUUACAACGGUUCCAAGUGAUCCACCCCCGCUUGGACCACCGCAGACUCCGGGCCCGGAGUUUCCGGUUCCACCAUCUCCAUCUCCACCGAUGCCAGAUACUCCAAAUCCUCCUACACCAAAAACACCACCUGAUGUAGUGCCUCCGAUUUGGGAACCACCUCGACCACCGGAUAUCUUCCCACCGGAGAGUCCACCACCGGGAAUUGACCCGCCACCGCCUUUAGGACCCACCAUCAUGUAGAACUCUUCUCUGUUUCUGUUGACUUUUUUAGCUUAAAGUUUCUGUUUCCACGAGAAAUAGUUUAUACACAAAUGUUGUUACAUUUAAAACACAAUAA